AUGGCAGAAGCACCUCCAUGGUCCAGACGGUUUUUCUGUCACAGAUGUUCGGAAGAGAUCAGCCCUCGCCUCCCCGUAAGUAACGUUUACAAGAAGCAAGAAGUUAAAGACAAUAGUCGUGCAGAGUAGAUACAUUGUUGUUGGUCCUUAGCCUUUCUAGCUAGCGAACAGCCACUCUGGCUAGUAACUAGCUAAGCAGUACGCUAACUUGAGCUAACCGGAUUUUCUAUGUCUGGCAACUGACAGUUAGCUAAUGAGAACUAGCUAACUAAUAUUUUAGCAGGAAGGAUGGUGUUAAAUCAGAGACUCACUAUCUAGUUAGCCAACUAACCGUAUCUGAUAUGUUUUUCGGUUAAGCUAACUAGCUAACGUUGCCUACCUAGCUAGCCUGUCUCGAGUUGCGUCGUUUGUAGCUAGCUACAGUAGCUAGCUUGGCGGUGUACGUGCUAACCAGCUUUACUUAGCUAGGGCAUGAAAUCUAUGCAAUAUAUAAAUGUGACCCACAUAUCUAGUUAGCUAGAAAUGUGACAUGAUGGGACAAGCACUCUUAGCCAAGGAAUGCAUCAGAGCUGCCUUUGAUAUCAGUCAGCAAUGCUUGACAAUGGCAUCUGAUGACAGUUACAUCCUGAUUAGCAAUGAAUGAUUACUAAAGGAUUCCAUUAAGUGUCCAAACAUCCUGUAGGCCUCAUGACUACAUCCAGAUCAGCUGCAGCAGAGGACGAUUUGUAUUUAGCUAGUCAUAAUUUUCCAGUAUCUUCAAGGAACAGUUUAUUGUAAAUAUUUCCAUGGUGGUAUUAAGGUUUCCUCUAGAAAGCGUAGACAUAGGUUAGUCGUUUGCUGGCAGAUUCCAAUGCCAAAGCUAAAAUAUUAUGUCUAGUGUUGAAAUUCUACAGUCUCAGUGACAAUGGCACGUUGCAUUCUUUCUUGCUGUGUGUGUGCCAUUCAGUUAAAUCACACCAGCAUAACAGUCAGGGCCUGGAACGAUCUGUCAUAUAAUACUAAAGGUGUGUCUCACAAUGAAAUGUUCAUCAGUAGGCUUUCCCCAGUUUGGUGCUAAUGACAACUGAAUUACAUACUGAACACAAUUGAAGUCCUUCCAGGAUUAUUUGUCAUUAUUUGUGGAUUAUUGUAUUUAAUUUGGGUUAUCUCCUUUUUAUGUCUGGUUGUUCUUUCAAGUUGGCCACGUUCAUAGUUGAAUGUAGUGAAGUAGGGAUUCAAUAGCUGAUUGCUAGCUGUGUGUGGUAGUGAAUGCAAAGAUGACACCUAAAGGCAUUGUAAUAUUUGUUUGUAGGAUUAUACAUGUCCACGGUGUGAGUCUGGCUUCAUCGAGGAACUGCUGGAGGAGAGAAGGUUUGUUAAAUGUGUGAUGGCAAGCAUUCUGUUAACAUUCUGAUUAAAGAUGCCAACAAGUGUCAAUAGAUUUUGUCACUUGGCAUCACAGAACUUUUCAACCUAUGAUUACACCACUCUGGUCAAGAGGGUGUGCACAAAUUUAAAAAAUCUCACUCCAAAAAUGCUAACUGUUGUUUUCUAUGUUUCUCUUCCUGAACAGCAGUGAAAAUGGGUCCACAUCCACCAUCUCCAGCGGUGAUCAGAACCAACAGUCGUUUGAGGUUUCUUAGCUUAUUUAUUCAGCUUAUUGAUAAAUACAGGCUAGACCAUGAUAUUGUUAUCUUAGCAAACAGAAAAGCACGCCUUUGUGCAUUCUGGAAAGAUUUCUUCAGUUGAAAUUUCACCUGGUUUUUGACGUAGUUGGGAUUUAUGUUGACAAUAAACAUUGAAUAGUACAGAAAGAACUCCCAAGUAAUUUUAUGAAUGUGUCUGUUUGUCCAUUUCUUGUAGAAUGUGGACCCUUCACACAUGGCUACAUUCCCCUCGGGUUACGGCCAGUUUGCUCUAGGUGUCUUUGAUAACUCCUUCGAUUUUGGAGCGGGGCUGGGAACAGAGGACAACCGUGACACAGAGAACCUGCAGGAACAGGAGUUGGCAUCACGGCAGCGUUACGGCACCAGGCAACCUCGUGGACGCCAUGGCAUCCGGAGGCAGGCAGGAAGACAUGAGGGAGUGCCCACUCUAGAGGGGUAAGCUCAGUGACUUGUGGUACCUCAUUAACUUUAGAUGUCAGCAGUUCCCAGUGAUAGGCUUGUCUCUUUUCCUCUGAGCUUUGAUGAUUUAGCUUGUCGCCCCUGUUCUAUGUAAGCAAUGAUGAAAUGAGGUCUCAUUUUUGGAUGCAUGCAGAACAUAACCAUGUUUUUUUUGUCCUCUUGUGUAGAAUCAUUCAGCAGCUAGUGAAUGGAAUAAUCGCCCCUACAGCAAUGCCAAAUAUUGGUGUGGGACCCUGGUGAGUACAAUUAGUCUCAAGAUACUGGGAUGUACUAUGACCCAUUGUUUUUAUGUAAAACUUUGGUGAAGUCAUCCAACUGACUCUGUCUUCCAGCUGAUGUUUGUUUGUUUAUCUUCCUUUAUAGGGGAGUGCUCCACUCAAACCCCAUGGAUUAUGCCUGGGGUGCCAACGGACUAGAUGCAGUCAUUACACAGGUACGUAUUGACUGUUUACCACUCAUAUUAUUAAACAUUUCUAAAUUAACCGUCAAAAAGCACACAAAAAAUACCUGCAUAUUUGCAUUGUGAAAAUGGUUGUUUGGUCAGCAUGAUCCACGCAGUAUCAAAUAAAAUGUUAUAUUUUGUGUGUCCCCUAGUUAUUAAAUCAGUUUGAGAACACUGGCCCUCCGCCAGCUGACAGGGACAAAAUCAAGAGCCUUCCCACAAUCCUAAUCACACAGGAGCAUGUCGGUGAGUGACCCUGAACAUCAACACACACAGCACAGUCAAUUGCAUCACCUGUGGGCUGGACUUGUUGUGGUCUUGCUCUUUUUCUAUGGAAGUCAGUGGGUCAUAGGGUUUGGGGGUGUUUUUAAGCCUUUUUUGAAUACAUUUACAUCUUGGAAUUUGUUUUCUGUUUCCAGGCUCAGGUCUAGAAUGUCCAGUGUGUAAAGAAGACUACAGUGCUGGAGAAAAUGUUAGGCAACUUCCAUGUAAUCAUUUGUUUCACAAUGAUUGCAUAAUACCCUGGCUUGAACAGGUAAGACCUUUCCACUCAUAUAUAUACCCUUCUUUUUAGUGCUAUCAUUGACAAACCCUAGAUGACCUUUUCCUGACCCCCAUCACCAAACCACAAACAUAUAUUGGCCCACAUAUAUUCUCCUGGGCAAGUUAAGUGGUCAGUAAAAACUGCUGGCCCUACUUCAAAGAUUCUUGAAGACGACUAAUUAUAUAGUGAUGUCUUCUGUGUUUGUGCCCCUGUGUUCUUCCACAGCACGACACAUGUCCAGUGUGCAGGAAAAGCUUGAGUGGACAGAACACAGCUAUGAAUCCUCCAGGUCUAUCAGGGAUCAACUUUGCCACUUCCUCUUCCCCUACACCCCCGUCCUCCAGUUCAACCAGCAACGAGAACUCAGCCAACAACUCCUAA